UGUCGCCAACUUGAUUGUGUAUGGAGGAAAAUGGAGCCUAGAAAUAAAUUUUAUGAUAAAAUGAAUUUAUACGGAAUAUAUCCUCAAUAAUAUUGUUAAAAAUGGGUGACUUACCAGAAGCAGUAUUAAAAUUAGAGUUAAGUGAUGACGUUUUUAAAGGAAUUAAAUUCUUUAUUAGCGGAGAAGUACAUGAAAAGAUAAUAGAUUUAUUAAAAUGCGGUGGUGCCGAGAGACUUAACUAUUUCUCAGAUUAUGUCACACAUUUAAUAGUUGGUGAUAACCCCGAAGAAAACGAUAUCGUUGAUGCCAAUGAUGUUUACGAAGUACCAGCUCUUACCCCAAAAUGGAUUGUGAUGUGCGCCCGUUUAAAGAAACUAGUAAGCCCCAGGUCUUAUUUGUAUGUACCAGGAGGGAAAUUAUUAUCAAAUCUAGUGUUUUGCUUUAGCAACAUAAGGGAAGAUCUCAAAUACCUUUGGUCUUUAAUCACACACAAUGGAGGUACUGUACAACUUAACUUGAAUAAAAACUGCACCUAUCUGGUAGCGACCGAUACAAAUAGCAUCAAGUAUCAAAAAGCCGAAGCUUUAGGACCUGACUAUAUAAAGAUUGUCACUCCAGAUUGGGUAGUUCAAACAAUAAAAGCUAAUUCUCUAGCGGACGCUGUUCUGUUUCAUCCAAAGUUAAUCAAUUGGCCGAAACCGGUGAAACAUGAAAGCACGACAGCCAUUACAGGUUUCGAACCAGAACAGGCGGAAGACUUUGAUAAAAACAAAGAGAAAAGCGUGUCAGAUUCUACGCAAGCUUUAUUAGAAAAAUUGAAGCAGAGGAUGCCUUGGAACCAGCCCAGUACACCAAAAACUACGUCCUCAGACCCUAUCGCUCCGCCUAACGUCGUAGCGCCUAGUUUUAUACAGAAAGGCCCGAAUCAUCAACCUCCGAAGAGCCACAUGAAUCAAGUGCCUGCUCAGCCUUUGCCAGUAACACCUCAGUCACCCAUCGCCCCUAAUUUUCCACAGAUACCCAGAUCUCCUUCGGCCCUACCAAGCCAGCACAUACCGCGCAGUAUCGUACACCACACCCCGACACAAGCGCCUUUCCAGGAGCAGCAGAACCCUCUGAACAUCAGCAGAUUGAUGGGCCAACAACAGGCCAGAUCCAACAUUCAACAACUCAGGGGUCAGCUGGGCCAAAGCCAGCUCCACCAACAGCUGCUCCAACAGAGAAUGCAACAGAAUCAGCAGAAUUUGAUUCAACGAACAUCCACGGGACAGAUAACCGUCCAGCAGCAACUCUUACAACAGCAACUAGCUCAGAGACAACUAUUACAAAAUCAGUUGAACCAGCAACAGAGGCAGAACACCAAUCAGCAAUCUAUGGGGCCCGGUCCCCAAGGCGUUGGGCAAAACCAGCAGCCGAUAGGGUCAAACCAACACCUGGGACAGUUGAGCCAACAACAGAUCUCCCAGUUGCAACAGCAGCAGCUGUUGAAGCAGAAUCAACAGCAGCAGCUCCAACUUGGUCAAAAUCAACCGUUGGCACUUAAUCAGAAUCAGCAGCUGCUGCAGAAUCAAGUAUUGCAACAACAAAGCCAGCAACAGAAUCAAAUGAGCCAACAGAGUCCGAUAAACCAACCACAAAGCCAGGUCAACCAACAACAAAAUCAAAUGAACCAACAGCAGAAUCAAAUGAACCAACAACACAAUCAGAUGAACCAACAACAGAGUCAAACGAAUCAACAGCAGCAAAACCAGCUGCAACAGCAACAAAUCCAGAUGGGACAGGGUCAGAACUUCUUGCAGAGCUUGAACCAGAACCAACAGACCCUGCAGCAAAAGCAGCAGUUCUUAAAUCAGCCGCAGACCGUCACCAGCCAACAACAGAUCAUACAGAAUCAGUCGAAUUUAUCUGUACAGCAAUUCCUCAACCAAAACUUCAAUCAGAACCAAAACGCAAACCAAGAAAUGAACCUGCAGCAGCCCGUCUCCCAGCAGCAACCAAACAUGGGCCAACAACUGAACGCUCAGGUUCUAAACCAACAACUCAGCUCUCAGAAUUUGGGCCAGCAGCUCAACCAGCAACAGCUCAACCAACAGCUGAACCAACAGAACCAGAUGAGUCAGCAGCUGGUCCAACAGAACGCGCUGUUAAACCAACAGCUCAACCAGCAGAACCAGAUGGGACAGCCCCUGAAUCAACAGGAUCAGCUGAAUCAACAGUUGAACCCGCAAAGUCAGCUGAACCAGUUGAACCAGAACAUCAACCCGCAAGGCAUGGAGCAGGGAUUGUCGCAAAAUAUCAGUCAGGCGCUGAACCAGCAGCUCAAUCAAGGGAUGGGUCAGCACUUGCAGCAGCAGAAUCUACAGCAGCAGCAGAUCAACAGGCAGAAUUUGCAGCAGCAGCAGCAGUUGAACAAUCAGCAGAACUUGAGUCAGCAGAUGCAGACGCAGCAGCAGGGGCUCAACCAACAGCAGCAACAGAUUCCACAGAUAAACCAGCAAUUGAAUUCCCCGCUGCCGCAGCAAGUAGUGCGCCCCCAGUUCCCGCAGCAGGGCGGCGUCAACCAACAGAUCCUGAUAAACCAGCAGUCGCCGCAGUCCCCCGUACCGCAGCGUGCCCAGAUAAACCAACACCUGUGGGCGCAGCAACCCUCGCAGGUCCCUGGACAACAGAUAAUCCGUCAUUCAGUGAACGUCGUUCAGCAGCCGGGUCCCAGGGUGCAGUGGUCCCCGAACGCACAACAGGCCAAUGUGGUGCCACAGCGACAGUUCAUACAGCUGGACGCCAGGACCCACAACGAGCUGCAGAAGAUGCCGCCCGAGCAGCAGGCGUUGUUCGUGGCGAAGCUGCAGAGGCAGCGACAGCUUUUGAAGCAGGUCCAGCAGCGAGGCGGGGGCGGGAGCCAUAUUUUGAUCAGAGGAAACGUGCCUCCGGGUCUAACGACCCAGCAGCAGUUCCAGUGGCUGCAGCAGCAAGCCAAACAGCAGGGAAUUGUCUUGCCGGCGAACAUCCAACAGCAAAACAUCACGCCCGGCACCCUCACGCAGCCGGGUCUGUCGCAAAACAUCCAACACGCGCCCGGCCUGAGCCCCAUCAACCAGAACAGCCCCCAGUUCGCCGACCAAAACCAACAGCAGCAGCUCCAACUGAGGCAGUACAGAUUGCAACAGCUGCAGUUGCAGAGGGAGCAGAAAAAUCACCUGGCGCAGCAGCAGCCGGGUACGCCAAGUACGUCGUUUGUCUGUGAGAGCGUCUCAUCGCCGUCUUCGUUGUUGGCGCCUCUGCAGCAACCCACCAUCGUACGACCCAUCGGUCAGCCGCAACUGGCCGAUUCAACGACAAAUCCGCCGCCAGUUCCGGAAGCUAACAUUCAGCAUUCUCUCGUCGUCAACGCGAAGACGAAAACGGCGCUAGCGAACAUGCUGAGCAUUAAGUUGCAGAGCGGCGGGUCUUCUAUGGGCGUGCAGAGGCCGGAAACGCUGCCUGAGCCCUCAGCCGCUGGAACAUUAAGGCUGAUGACGGCCCAGCAUAAUGCCGCCUUAAACUCUAAGCCGCAGGAGAUCAUCGCCCUGCAACGUAGAACCAUAAGCGGGCCUAACGGCGAAAUAAUAAAACCGCCGGGGGCUCAACCUCUACCUAUUACGCCAACCAACGAUCCUCCCAAGCUGCAGUAUUGCCCAAAACCGGCGUUGCCCUUACAACACCGACCCGGCCCGUUUUACGGUCACAAUCCUAACCUGAAAUUACCGCCAGACUUAUUCCUCCUAGGUUGCAUUUUCGUAGUGGUGGAGCUGGAGAGCUUCCUGGAGGAGCGGAUACCGGGUUGGCAACAGAAAAUCGAGAAACACGGGGGGGAGGUGGAGAAGCAGUACUGUAGCCGUGUCACCCACGUCUUGUGCGAGACCCAGCGUCAUGGUGUCGUGAUGCAGGCCCUGAGGGACUGUAAACGUUGCGUGACCAUCGUGUGGCUCAGCGACGUGAUGGCGAGGAAACAGGUGCUGCCCCCCUGGACGGCCCUGCACCUCCCGAACAUUUACUUGGACACUGCCCCGGCCUCCAAGCACUUGAUCUCCAUCAGCGGCUUCGAGGGCAGCGACCGCAAUAGGGUGAAGCAUAUGAUUAAGUAUACGGGAGCAAAGUGUACGACGUACUUCUCGAAGCACAACACGCUCCUGAUAUCGGCCAAGGCGGAGGGACGGAAAUGUGUGUACGCGAAAAAAUGGCAGAUCCCCGUCGUCAACGUGCAGUGGUUAACGGACGUGAUGCUGGGUAACUUCGCCGCCUUGAACCAGAUGGAGCACCAGAUUUACCAGCAGUUCUCCAACCCCUCUAAUUUCAGCUUCGACCCGAAACUGGUACCGAAUCUGAUGCUCGCUUGGAAGGCCCCCAUAAACAUAUCUCAGGAAUCGUACGAACGGGUGAAACGAAGCGCCUCGCCUGUGGUGCUGCCCAAGAAGCCUAAAAAGCUGAAGACCGAGGCUACGGACGAGAACGAUAAUAUAAGCGACGAUCACGUCACUAAUUCAACCCACAGGAUAUUGUUCUCCAUGUUUUCCGAUACCAAACCCCUGCAGAAAAUGGUCAGGGAUCUGGGAGGCUCGGUGGCGAAGGACCACGCGAAUUUCACUCACCUCAUAAUGUCGCACCUUGCGCGUUCCAACAAGCUCUUCUUCGCCAUAGCUAGGGGGGCGCAGGUGCUCUCCGAGCAGUGGCUGAAGGACUCGCACGCGGCCAACCAGUUCCUCCCCGAGAACAACUACAACCUGAACUCCAAAGACUUCAACUACGAGUAUAAGUGCGACAUAGACCAGACCCUGUCGACGAAAAAUAGAAACAAGCUGUUCGAGGGCAAGUUCUUCUUUGUCACCCCGAGCGUCUUCCCCAGCAAGAGGCUGGUGGCGGAGCUGAUCCAGAGCUGCGGCGGCGUCGUGGAGAGGAUAAGACGCAGUUCGGCGCAGAUCGACGCGACCAGCGUCAAUUCCCCUUACAGUUACUUCAUCGUCACCCACGAGAACGACUUGCACCUGGUCGCCGACCUGCUGAAGAACAAGAAGGACAAGACGAAGAUCGUGUGUAACGUCGAGUUAGUUUUCAGCGCGAUUUUGAAGCAGACGUUCGAGGUUGAACCGUACGCGGUGUGCGUUUUAUGAUUCCUCAGGAAAGGUCAGUGGGGUCAUUAGUAUUUAUUGUUGAAACGGGGGGAUAGUUUGUCUGUAAGAAAAAUCUAAUUCGGUAGUAGAGUAAAUUUUUAUCUUCUCAAUGUGUCGAGUCGCGUUUGCACCAUGCGGAUAGUAGCAAAGUUUUAAGAGAUGCAGCGAACCUGCACCGAAAUUUUGGCUGCUAGUUGCAAGGUGUGAAUGCUUAAAUUUGUAAACGUGAUGCAAAAAAAGUUGCAAUUGGACUUUAAAUGUGCCGAUUUUUAUUAACAGUUCAAAUUUAACGUUACAAAUAUUCACAUAUCUUGGCUAGUCAAAAAAAAAAUAUAUAAAAGUUUAUAGAAUUUUUAGUACUGUAAUUUUUAUACAACUGUUUUGAUAUAGAGGCCUGUAUUCAAUUUUUUUCAAAUAUCGUUUCAUGAAAAUCAUUUCUUUACCCGUUAAUUCGUUAAAAUGGAUAGAUUAUUAUUUCUUAGUUGUGUUAGAGGAAGUUAAUAAUUUUUUUUUUGUUAUAAAAAGUUUAACCCGUUACCAAGAAGUUUGUGCCUUUUAAAUAUAUUUUAAAGGUAUAAAUGAUAACGAACCGUCAAAAUAUUGAUGUUUUUUUUUGAGUAUUGAAUUAAGGUAUAAAUAUUAUAUGAGAUUUAGUGUAAGUACAUUGAAGUUUCUGUAUAUUUUCUAUUGCUUCAGAGAAGCAUAUCUAUUGUCGACUUAUGUUUUCAUUAGUAAAUACGUAAUAAAAUGUAAAAUAUACUGUGUAUAGUUAAUUUCUGUAUUUAAUUGAAAAUCGUCCCACAAUUAAAGGCAUAGUCCAGUUUUUCUCAGUAAUUGCUUAUUUUGAAAAUUCCAAUGGAAAAAAUUGCAAAACUUUCCUUGUGAUUUUUGUAAAUGUGCUAUGCCUUUAAAAUAUGGACAUUGCUUAUUAUUUUUAUUAUUAUUUCAGGUAAAUUAGUUGAAAGAAACUUUCUAUUUUUUUUGU